AUGAGUGUAAAUGCUGAAUACACUUUUUAGAUCUUACAGCAUUUCAGAAGCUGGAUAAGGUUUAAAAACAGAUAGAACUAGUUUUAGCUUUUGAAGUUUCCUGCUUUAAUCAAAAUAUUUGCGAAAAGCCAAAGCUAAUUUCUCAAGAACUUUUAACUUAACGAAAUCAUGCCAAACAAUUUCAAUCUUAGUAAUAAAUGGGUUAUCAUAAAUAAGGUUGACAAAAUUGUCGAAUUCUGA